CACGUCUUGACGCUUUCAAGCUAAAUAUCUUACUCUGACAGUAAGCUCGAUAAUCGUUGAGCUAUACUAUAUCAUCUCAAGACAUUGACUGCUAUCAACCACCGACCGUAUCAUGUCUCCAACUAUGCUGGCUUCUAACUUUACACCGUCCCCUAUCACGAAGGACAGCAUCACAUCGCCGAAACAUGGGGAGUAUACCUUCGACCUAUUGGUUCAGGAUUUGAGGAUGUACCUGGGCAGCUCGCGGGGCAUUGAUGCCGAUCAAGUUGACCACCGUGUCCUCAUGGCUUUUAUGUCCAAAUAUACCUCCAACCCAAGCGACUGGUCUCGGUUUGCACGGAACGAUUCGAGCAAGAAUUAUACACGCAACCUGGUCGCCAAUAUCAAUGGACAAGCGAACCUGCUGGUGCUGGUCUGGAAUCCAGAGAAAGGAUCCCCCAUCCAUGAUCAUGCAAAUGCUCACUGCAUCAUGAAAAUCCUCGCUGGCCAUUUAAACGAGGCAAUCUAUCACACUCCCGAUCCCGAACAGAGCCAAGAUGCCCCUUUGAAAGUGAAGCAAGAUACGACGUAUGGCACCAAUGAUGUGGCCUAUAUUUGCGAUCAGAUUGGGUUGCACCGGGUCAUGAAUCCUCACAGUAAUCAACUUGCUGUCUCUCUUCACUUGUAUACGCCUCCAAAUGCAGCAGAUUUCGGAUACAAUAUAUAUGACCGAGAAUCGGGCCGGAGAAGUCAUGUCUACCAAGCAUGAUAAUUUUGUCUCAAAUGGACUAUGUUGUGAUACAAAUAAUAUGAGAUAUAACGAAUUAGAUUAAUGAGAUAAACUUUACCUUAAA